AUGCACUAUAUAUCUUCUAUCAAUCUGUUGUGGUUAUGGAUUGUAGCAGUGUUCGCCUUUCCGGCGCACAUACAAUCCAAUGACGGGGAGAUUUCCCUCAAGACAUUCGAGUCCCUAGAAGAACUAGCACGAAUAGUCGACAUCUCCUACUGUGUCGGCACAAGUGGUAUUCAAAAGCCGUUCAAAUGUCUGAGUCGUUGCAGCGAGUUUGCGGGGUUCGAGUUGGUUACGAGUUGGAACACCGGACCGCGUCUCUCUGAUUCGUGUGGCUAUAUCGCUAUAUCGCAUCCCCCCUUCGAGAAACGAGUCAUUGUUGCUUUUCGAGGCACUUAUUCCAUUGCCAAUACCAUCGCCGACCUUUCUACGAAUCCUGCCGAAUAUGCGCCGUUCCCCUCCGAAAAUGACAACGAUUCGAUAUGCGCAACUGUUCAGCCCGAGGACAAUAAGCAGACUCUAUUGCCCCAGCUGCUGAAACAAGAAGUAAAGAGAGAUUUAGUGCCUGAAUGUCCAAAUUGCACUGUACACUCAGGUUUCAUGACUUCUUGGCGCAAUACACGUUGUACGAUAGUACCUCAUGUUGAGAAAGCACUCAACGACUUCCCCGGUUAUGAACUCGUCCUUGUUGGCCAUUCAUUAGGCGGCGCUGUCGCGGCGCUGGCAGCUCUUGAAUUUCAAGCCCGUGGAUGGAGCCCUAGAGUUACAACGUUUGGUGAACCUCGAAUCGGGAAUCUAGCACUCAACAAGUUCAUCGACAGACGCUUCAAUCUCAAUUCAACAGAUGUCGAAGAUGCAUUAUACCGACGGGUCACUCAUGUUGACGAUCCGGUGCCCCUACUCCCACUAGAAGAAUGGGGCUAUAGAAUGCAUGCCGGCGAGAUUUUCAUCUCAAAGCCUUCCCUUCCCCCCAGCCGCGCAGACAUCCGUCAUUGCAACGGCGGCGAGGAUCCUGCCUGCAUCGCCGAGAGUAACCCGGACACGGAGCAACAUGAAGGUCCAGAAGAUGACGAAGUUGAGGACUCAGAGUUCCGGGCAAUGUGGGGAAUUGGCCGGCGUUAUAAGCUCUGGGAACUGUUCUUUGCCCAUCGAGAUUAUUUCUGGAGGCUUGGCCUCUGCCUUCCAGGUGGGGAUCCGUGGGACUGGUCUAGAGGGAAAUAUAAUGAAACUGUAACGACUGACGAGUUGUGA